ACUCGGGUCUUCAUGACUAUAAGAAGGCCAGUUAGCGGCCAUUUCUAGGGUUUUGCAUUUCCAAGAGGCCUUUCGCACACCCCAAGGAGACGACGAUGCAAAGAGUGGUCACAAACUAUGCACCGUACCUCGCUCCAAAUGCCGGAAUUUCCGCGAUGUACACGAUCGACUACACUUGAUGAAGGAACUGGAUCUCGUCGUGCAUGCAGCUCGCAGAAGCCUAGAUGCUUUUCCUGUACAAAGUAGCAUGCUCGAUAUUAAUGUUGCGCGGCAAUCAACUACACUCCCUGGCAAAAUGCACGCCUAAACUAAGAACCUCUACAACUCGCACGAGAAAAGUGAACAAAGCGACAUUUAUAAGAGAAGUGCAUUCUCACACCGUGUAGUGAAAUUGCCCCGAUCCUCUCACGAUGCAGGCCCUAGCCGUGAUCAUCAGCAGCGCUUUACUCUUCCUCACGGCGGCACAGACAAAUAGUCCCCCAGCCAACUUCGACCUCGAGUUCCACCUCGUCCAAUGCAGCAACCUCGCCAACCCUUCAAAAGACCCUAACACCGUCAACAACGCCACGCGUACUUGGUCCCACAUCGGCCUUUACAGUCCUCACACACCUCAACAAUGGCAGUACACAAUGCCGCAAGCUGCAACACCAUACGUCCGCUGGGAAGGCCACAACACGAGCGCGUUCUUCUGGGCCGACGCUCCAAACCCCCGGGGGUUUGUGAGCGUGCAGAUUCCUGCCGAAGCAGCGGCGUACAAGAUUGGGGUUGAGGCUGGCAAAGUCGUUUUCGAGGGCAGAGAGUUUCCGUGUCAGAAGAUGUUUGGGAACCCUUCUUAUGGUGGGGCAUGUUUCGAUGCGGACUAUGCGUACUGUGCAGGCUAUACAAUGUGUCAUGAUAGGUUUGUGUGCAAGGCGUAUGACCCGCCGUUGCCAAAGGACAGCGAAAAGACGUGCCCGGUUAGGCCAACGGGAUAUUGCUACCCGUAUUGGAACGCGGACGGUUAGAGACAGGGUAUACAAUCGAUUUUGCAUUCGGGAAGUAAUGGUAUUC